AUGGAGUUCCCAAGACCAAGACGAGCGUCGUCGAUAUACAUGCGACGCAAGAGCAUCAUUGCUCAAAAGCAAGGCUCCAUCGACUUGGCCCUCACGACACUGUAUCUCGGCAUCUCUGCUGCGCACCGCGAAAAUGGCACUGCUGAGGUCGCACUCGCGAUUCGCGAUAUUACGUACCUCCUCGACUUUGACGUGAUCCGCGUCGAGGUAAAGGACGAUCGGGAUGCCAUAACCGAGUGCAUCCUCGAGCAUGUGCAAGCGUAUGAGCACGAAAACAUGGCCAAGUUCAUUGGCGCCGCCCUCCCGAACAACAUGCUCGAGAUCACACCGACACUAUGUUCCCGCCUUUGGCUCGAGCUCGACAUUGUUCCUCUUGCUCUGCCUGCGGAGAGUCAGCAUAAUAGAGAUCUGUGGGAGGUCAAGCUCAUCGACGAGCAGGCAGACUCCAUGGCCCGCCGAUGUAUUGUACACUUUGGGCCCUCAAUGGCCCCAAUCCUGCAGGUCGGCUGGCACGGCGAGGUUCAGGUCGCCGCGGGUGGCAGGGUUCGCCUCAACACGAUUCAAGAUUACAUGGGGACGUGUUCCGAUGUGUCGUGGGAGACGGUAUCCGCGUAUGCAGAAAAACUGCGCACCAAGGGAACCAAAGUAGCCUUCUUCAGUGCGACGCCCCAGGGUGGCGGCGUCGCGCUUAUGAGGCACGCUCUCGUACGCUUCUCCCGACUGCUCGGGGUGGAUGUAAAGUGGUACGUCCCAAAGCCCCGAAAGAGCGUCUUUCGCGUCACCAAGAACAUGCACAACAUCCUCCAAGGCGUUGCUGCACCGGACCAGCGUAUUCCGCCAGAGGACAGGGCGGCAAUCAUCGAGUGGAUCACAGACAACGCAGAGCGGUACUGGUUUCGUGAUGGAGGGCCACUGCGCCCGCCGGAGCAGGGCGGUGCCGAUGUUAUCAUCAUUGACGAUCCGCAAAUGAUUGGGCUCAUUCCCAUGAUCAAGAACUCAUCGACGAACCGCCCGGUGCUUUUCCGAUCCCACAUCCAGGUUCGGAGUGAUCUGAUUGCGACCCCGGGAACGCCUCAGGCCGAGGCAUGGGACUUUAUCUGGAGCCACAUCAAAGAUGCCGAUGUGUUCAUCAGUCACCCGAUACCAGCAUUCGUGCCUCACACGGUGCCGCGCGAGAAGGUCAUGUACUUGCCGGCCACGAGCGACUGGCUUGAUGGGCUGAAUAAAGACUUGAACGCGUGGGACACGGGCUACUAUAUGCACAACUACAAUACCCAAUGCCAUGCACAGGGCAUGACUGAGUUGCACUGGCCCAGUCGCAAAUACAUUAUCCAAGUUGCCCGCUUCGACCCGGCGAAGGGCAUCCCAACGGUAAUCGAUGCCUACGCCGAAUUCCGCCGCCGGUAUGAGGCAGCGGGUGAAGAGGAUCCGCCACAGCUCGUCAUUUGCGGGAACGGGUCUGUUGACGACCCCGACGGUACAAUCAUCUACGAUGAGUGCAUGAACAAGAUCGAGACCGAGUACCCUCACCUGCUGAGCGACACGAGCGUCAUGCGACUUGACCCGAACGAUCAGAUGCUCAACGUCCUCAUUGCCAACGCCCACGUCGUGCUGCAGCUGUCCACUCGCGAGGGCUUCGAGAUCAAAGUGUCAGAGGCGCUACAUGCUAGCCGGCCCGUGAUUGCGACCUUGGCGGGAGGCAUUCCCCUGCAGGUCAAGGACAAGGUGAACGGCUUCCUUGUCACGCCAGGCGACUGGAAGGCUGUCGCCGACCAUCUCAUCGAGCUCUUUACGGAUGACAGCCUGCACACUCGGAUGGCCAUUGCCGCCAGGAUGGGCCUCAGCGACGAGGUGGGCACAGUCGGGAAUGCGCUUGCUUGGUACUUUUUGGCCAACCAGUUCUCCCAUACGCCUAUCGACGGCAACGAGCGCUGGGUAAACGACCUCGCGAGAGAUGGGGUGGCCAAGCCGUACAGCGAAGAGGAGAACCGCUUGCCUAGGAGCUUCACGACUAAUGGUCGAGUGUAA